AUGAAGUUCUCCGUUGCCAUCCCUGCCUCGCUUCUAGUCCUCGCCUCGAUCGUGGCUGCCAAGACAGUGAACGAGGUCAAGAGCGACAUCAUCGCCAUCGACGCGGGCGUGGUCAACCUUUACCAGCACUGCCAGGUGGAGUCGCUCAACUACCUGAGCGGCCUAGCUAUCCGUCAGGCAGCCGACGACCUCACCAGCAAGAUCAAGACGGGCGCAGCUGACGUCAAUGCGCUCGAGGGUAAGCCCACGGACGCCGACGCCAAGCUGAUCCUCAGCACUCUGGGCAAGACCGAGGUCAAGGUCAAGAUGGUGGUGGACCAGAUGAUCAAGCUCAAGCCCGAGUUCGAGAAGCUCGGUGUUCUCGGCAUGGCGCAGUCGUCGGUCAGCAGCUUCCAGCAGGAGACCAAGUCUUUCAGCGCGCAGCUCGUCAAGCUGGCACCCUCUGCGGAGCAGAGCGCUGCUACUUCGCUUGCCGGCAGGUUCAACGCUGACCUCGACAAGUGUGCCGCUGCGUACAACGGCGGCAGCGGCCAGGCUGCUUCCAAGCGCAGGCUCAGCGACGAGUAA